AUGGAGUUCCACGUACUGCUGGUCGAAGACGACAGGGUGACGCUGAAGACAGUUGAGCAGCUACUCCGGAAAUGCAAUUACAAAGUUACCUGUGCAGCAAAUGGACGGGAGGCAAUAAAGGUCCUUACUGCCUGCCGGCACAGCGGCGUCAAAGUGGACCUUAUUUUGACCGAUAUACUGAUGCCGGAGGUUACCGGCUUUGACUUAAUCAAUGAAGUGGUACAUGGGGACACCUUUUGCGAUGUGCCAGUGGUCGUCAUGUCCUCUCAAGACUCGCAGGAGAACGUGUUACAGGCAUUCCAAGCAGGCGCUGCCGACUACCUUAUAAAGCCCAUUCGCAAAAAUGAGCUGGCUACGCUCUGGCAGCAUGUC